CAAAAGUAGACGAGGGACAGCAGAGGUGAGAAGGAUGUGGUGUGUUAUGUGUCGGUAAAGAGAGAAUAGAUAUGAAAAUACGACUCCACGUCUGCCUUCAGGUCAUUUUGUGGCUUUGGUUUGAGCCUGCGCUGCAAGAUGUGGCUGCAGGCAAAAGUCCAACUUCUCAUAAAACUGGCUCAUCAAUCUCUGAUGCAAACCUGAUGUUUGAGAUCCUGCUGGGCGGGGUGGAGAUGGAUCAGGACAACAACAUCGUCCUGUUAGAUAAGGAGCUGGCGUCCAUGAAGGCGGGGCGGACUUUCCUGUCCCAGAUCAAUGACAACAUCCCCAGAAGCCAGAGCUCCAUGGAGCAGAUGGUGUCCGAACUGCAGGGUCAGAGGAGGAGGCCGCUGACUCAGGCUCAGUUUGAGAGUCUCGUCCUGAGCAUGGUGUACUCUGCCCACCAGGCCAGGCACCAGGAGAGAGAGGAGGAACAGGAGGCCUGGGGCGGAGUGCUCAUCCAGCUGGCAAAUGUCACGGUCCACGAGCUACGUGGAAGUUAUCUCUUCAGUUAUGCAUGAAAGUGCCAGACUGCACAAGAUA